UAUUAUUAACUUCGUUGGCCUUUUAAAUGAUCAAUAGUGCCUCUACACAUUUUAGCUCAAUACUUCUGUAAUGAACUUCUAUUUUCUUUGUUAGCAGCACCAUGUCGCUGGUUCCUCCGGGAGGCGCGGACUCGCCCAGUCCACGGCGUGCAGUCAGCCCACUGUUGGAGAUGCGCCGGCCGCACUGCACGCUGGCUUGUGACUACUGUGCCGCCGUGCUUGAAGAUAAAUUCAGACGUAAUGCAGAGAUGCGCAACCGAGGCACGUCGCCGCUGUCGGCCUCUCCGCGUCAGUCACUCACCGGCGAACCUCCCUGGACGCUGCCAGAUGAUGACCGGCCUGACUUCUCAGCACUCAAGGAAAAUAUACAGAGGAUCAACAAGGACUGUGAGACUUCAACGCGUUUGGAUAUGUUGCUGACACAAGUCGAGCAGUAUGCCAAUAACUUGGAGGCGCUGGUGGAGGAGAGGACCUCGGACUAUCUGGAGGAGAAGAGGAAAUGCGAGGAGCUGCUGUAUCAGCUGCUGCCUAAGUCCGUAGCCUCCCAGCUGAUAAUGGGCCAGCCGGUUAUGGCGGAGACUUACGACCAGGUGACAAUCUACUUCAGUGACAUUAUCGGCUUCACGCAACUGUCUGCGGAGUCCACGCCCCUCGAGGUCGUUGACCUGCUCAACGAUCUCUACACCAGUUUUGACUCUAUUAUUGAAAAUUUUGACGUUUAUAAGGUGGAGACCAUAGGUGACGCGUACAUGGUGGUGUCAGGCCUCCCGAUGCGGAACGGCAACAGGCACGCCGCGGAGAUCGCGCGCAUGUCUCUCGCACUGCUCAACGCUGUGCGCGUGAAGACCGUGCCGCACCGGCCUGGAGAACGACUGCUGCUCCGGAUUGGGAUGCACUCAGGACCCUGUGUGGCGGGCGUUGUCGGCCUGAAAAUGCCACGAUACUGCCUCUUCGGCGACACAGUGAACACAGCCUCCAGGAUGGAGUCCCAUGGAGAAGCCCUCAAGAUACACGUCAGCCCGAAGACCAAGGAGGUCUUGGACCUAUACGACUGCUUUGAUCUGGAGUGUCGAGGAGAAAUAACUAUGAAGGGAAAAGGUAAGAUGACUACAUACUGGUUGCUGGGAGAAAAGAAGAACGAAAAUCAAGAAUACUACUAUAACCAGACAAAUCAUGUCCAAGCGACCUUAGUGAACAACCCGAGCAUCACCUUCCAAGGGCCCGAUAGCCCUGCAUCCCACUCGCUCACACAAAGCCACAGUCCAGAACAGAAUAUACCAGAUACCAAAGAAAACAACAAACCACUUGAGAUACAGAGCGAGAGAGACCGCAUCAAACAUGAAAUAGCAACAUUUGUCGCUAAAGACCUAAUCAACAAUAUAGACAACGCUGUCAGAGAAUUCAGAAAAUCUCAAAGUGCUGUUUUUAUGACGACAGCAAAUAACAAAACUCUGUGCAAUGGAAACGAAAAAGGCCUAAUUACACCAACGUAUGAUAAAGAACUGGUGAUUAGCAAGGGCAAGGUACGUGAUGUGGUAAACAGGUUCAAUAGCUGCGUCAUCACUAAUGAGAAUCUAAACAAGUGCACGAAAAUGAAAAUGAAAAAUGAAGACUGAAUGGUGAACAAAGCUUGUCUUUCCCGGCCCGGUCUAAACAGAUUUUAAAGGAGUUCUUUAGAAAUGUUUAUAGAUAUUUAAACGAAGUUAUAGGACUAUUCUGUGCCAAGCACAUAGAUAUUUUCUUUUUAUAGUCUAGUCAUUACUGUUAUAUGAGAUUAUUAGUACAUCCUUAAGAAAUUAUGUGUUAGCUAGUGGGUGACCAAAUACCCUCCGAAUUUUAGAUAAACUAAGUACUUAAUAAUAGAUGAUUUUAAUGUACUAGAAAAUUUACAUACGUGUAAUAAUUUUAAGAUGAAAUUCGCCGGAGCGAUUUCAAGAAAGAUGUAGUGAGAAAUUUAUGUGUGAAUACUAUGAAACUAUUGUAUUAUACACUUGGACCCUGUAGUGUUUUUACUGACCUUUUAUACUUCCGUAUCUUUCUAGUCCAUUGUAUACUCGUCGAUGUAAGAGACAUUUGUAAAAUUCAUCACUUUCUUAUUACGCUGUUUUCGGCCUAGACUCGCAAAAGAGACCUACGGAACUUCAGUUUGAAGGCUUGAUAUUACGUAGUAGCCUUCAUAAAUUUAAAUGACAGCUAUGGACAGGGUUUUGAUAGGGCGAGGACGGCGUGCGGACGAGACGCAGACGGGGCGCAGGCGAGACGUUAACCUGCCGCGGUAGGGACUCUUCCUCGCCUCUGACUUCUUAGUACAUUUUCCAUUCUGUCUCCGCCUUAAGUCUCUUUUGUGUCUCGUGCCCUAUAACGGCAUUUCGUCAACCAUUUAGUGGACCUGAGGCUGUAAGUCACAAUGUUUUACGCUUAAUAUUAAUUGCUACGUAACGUAACUCUCUAAUUUUACGAAUAUUUGUAGAGUUAAGUGAUGGUUAAGUGU